AUGACCGACCCGCCCCUGCUGUUCGAUUCGGAAAAAAGGCACACCCUCAUCGGCGGCCACCCGACGACGCGCCAGCGUGCCGGAGAUGACCUCCUCGCCCGCCUCGCCCCCCCUACCGCGGCCGAGGCCCUUGCCUCGGCGUCAGGCUCCUUGGAGGCCUGCUUGGACGAGGCUUCAGCCGCCGAGCGUGCCUUUGCCAUGCGCGUCGCCCUCGCGUCCAAGAAUAUAUGGGAAUGGCUCCAAGAGCUUUCCAACUGGAGCUGGCCCGCCGAGGGCGGCUCUGCCGGCUUUGAGCAGCCAAGAGAGAGGCCAACGGUGCUUCCGGUCGAUGACGCUCAGUCCACGCUGCCCGGGGCGACGACGGAUGAAUUCAUCGGCAGCCUGCUCGCCAGCGACGUCGCGCGAUACGAGAUGACGGUGGAAAGGAUUUGCCGCGAAAUGGACGAGCUGGCUCUCGAGGAAAUCAAAAACGACAUUCUGAACCAUCACAUCAUGCCAUUGGCGGGUCCGACCAUGGACUCGGCGUCGCCCUCACCCUCGCCCUCGCCCUCGAAGCCGAGCCGGCUGUCAUCGCUCUUUCUCUACAACAGGAUGGAGGACCUGACGGCCGUCGUUACCGUCAUUGUCCUCCAGAUGCUACCCAACCUCGCUCGUUUGUCGCUUCUUCUCCAGACGUGGAUCCCAAGGCUCGCCGUUGUCCGCCGCAUUCCACCCCUGCUGCACGCCAUCGAGGACGCCGAAGUGGGUCUCAAGUCUGGUUGGGCGGCCAUCGCGAGGCCAGCCAAACGGUCAUCGCAGCCGGCCGAAGGGGAGGGAGCGCCCGCGCCGGCUCUGAAGCACGAAGACUUCGAUGUUAUGAGGCGGGUGCUCGUGCGAAAGGUGACCAAGCUGGGUCGCAUAAUGGACCACAUGCUGGACUGCCUCGAGGGCACACGAGAUGCCCUGCCGGGGAACUGGCUCGACCGGACCCAGGCCGUCGAGACGAACUACGCUGAAUGGGUGGUCUUCUGCGAAAACAAGAUUCGAGAGGGCGCCUGGGCGAGCGCACAGGCACGGCCCGCGAGUCAAUCGCCCGUGCCCGCGCCCGUGCCCGCCCUCGAGACCCGCCGCCACGGAUCGCAGUCUCCUCUGUCAUCUGUCGAAGCCGACGAUGCCGUCACGUCGCCUGUUUCGGCCGAGUCGAGCCAUGUUCUGGCUUCUCCGACCUCUGGAACGGGGAAUCCGGCGCCCGUCGCGGCGUACCAUUCUACUUCUGGUGAGCCAUCGCACGAGUCUCCAUCACCCUCGGCCUCAGCGGACGAAGGGUCUGCCGAUGGCCAUGCAAACCAUGGAACAAAUUCCUCACCAAAAUUCAAGCUACCCAGUUUCGUCGUCUACGAUGAGGACUUGUUCGAUGACGUGCCCCGCUGCAGGCAUGCCAUGACUCCGGUCGAGGAGCGAGACGAGUUGGAGCUGCCACCCCUGCGGAGCAGCGAUAGCUGCCAUAGCCUCGCCUCCCAGACCUCCUCCAUGGGACGCGACGUGUCCAGCCACUUCGCUACUUCCUCCAGCGAACCGCCCGAGGGCUCCGACUCUCCCGUCAUGCGCAACGGUCGUAUCCGUGAGCCGGACUACCCCGCGCAAAGUCCACCAAGCUCGCCGCCGAUGUCCGACGAGUCGUCGUCCGCCCUGCUCGACGGUCCUGAUAUCGCACUCAUUCCUGGGAAGGAGGAGUCUGUGCUUGGAAUUCAGAAGGGAUCGGCUGAUGAGUCCUUUGUCGACCACUUGGACGAUGCCGACGUUCCCGCAAAGCCGCGAGCCGACGGCUCUGCCGAUCAGCACCUUCGUCGACAGAUUAGCCAAAUCGUCCGGUCCAUACCGGUCAAGAUUAAGCUGUCGACCGACGCACCCGCCGUGAACCUGAACCCUCCGGAUAUUCAGCUGCCGCCUCUGGUGAGGAAGACAUCCAGAGAGCCUUUUAGGAGGAGCCCGUCGGCCUUGUCCACCGCCUCGUCGCGCACAUCAACCCCUUCAUUUACAUUGGCGCCCGCUAGAAAUCCCCGCCCGAGACCCCGAGGCCAGCAGGAUAUCGAGGAGUAUCACCUCUCCCCGUCGACGGGCGAACCGCCUAUCAAGCUGUUCAUCCGUAGCGUCGGCGAGCGGGGCGAGAGGGUCAUGGUGCGUGUUGGCGGCGGUUGGGCUGACCUGAGCGAGUAUCUCAAGGAGUAUGCUUCCCACCAUCGCCGUCGCUCUGCCGGGACGGAACAGGCCAAGGUGGACGUUCGCGACAGCUCCCGAGCCUCGUCCGCCGUCGCGUCAAACGCUGGGUCGAGCCCACCUGGGCCAUCCUCGUCCGUCGCCGGAAGCGGCAGCGAGCCCAUGACGCCCCUCGUUGUGCGCAAGACGCGCAAGAAUGGGCGUGUCACGCCGGGAGGCAGCGAACCCUCAUGGUUGCGGCCGAGGACGCCGGCCGGGGUCAGCCGCCCCCACGACAACGCUCCCUCAUCGGCGGGCUCGGCGCGAUCGGGAUCGAGCCCUCGCCCGACCUGGGUCGAAGAUGACGGCUCCUUUCUAGGUCUCGCGGGCCCGACGGGAAAAAGGGUGGAGAUGAGCGAGGAGAACAAGGCGUGGGUAGAGAGUGUCAAGGAAAAAGUCCGAUUGGUGAGCGGCGAGAGGAGGCUCACAGUCGCCGAGGAGAGACAGAGGCUUGGUGAUUUGGGAAAGGUCGGCAGCACGCAACGACUGUUUUUUAAGCCCGACAGGUGA